AUGCAAUUCUACACUUCUUCACUCAUCUUGGCGGCUUCGGUCAGCUUGAUCUCAGCCACGCCCACCCCGAGCUACUUCAACAAGCGGCAGGGAGUCUGUCUUUUUGCAGAUGUUAUUUCGCCCAACAGUGCCAAGACAGGACAAGAGGAAGGAACAGCAGGUAUUAAGGCCGGACAAGCCGCCUCCGCCACAGAUGAAAACAACUUCAUCAACUUCUGUACAGGAUCGCUCAUCACUAACGGGCUACAAGCUAAUGGUGGAUCAUGCAACCCCAUCCCCAUGGGCCGCAUUCCAAGUGUCGAGAACAUGAUCAGCGCGAUAAUCACUGAGCCUGCCCACAAUGCGGAGGUCCCAGCUAAUACAGACUUCACUGUCAGCGUUCAGACAAGAGGUCUUGACGCGGGAGCGUUCACCAAUCCUGACGUUACGUACUACUCGGCCCCACAAGACCUCAACAAUAAUGGUCAGAUCAUCGGCCACUGCCACAUCACUAUCUCGCGACUCGGGGAGAGUGCCGAUGACCAACAAGGUCUCACCACUCCUCCCGACCCGAUCAAGGGGGAUCCGAAUGCCAGCAGUGUUGCGUUCUUCAAGGGUAUAGAUGACGCUGGGAACGGCCAAGGUUUGCUUAGUGCUCUCGUCGGUGGUGGUCUCCGCCCCGGGUUCUACCGCGUGUGCACCAUGAUAUCCGCGAGGAACCAUCAACCAGUGAUGAUGCCUGUCGCCCAGCGCGGUGCUCAAGACGACUGUACCAAAUUUACCGUUGUCGAUAAUGGCACGCCGGCCGUCGACCCCGCCCAAGACGAAGCAGACGAUGCCGAGUCUGGUGUCGUUACUCCAGCCGGUGACGCCCCUAUCGGCGAUGCUCCUGCCAAUGGCGAGCAACCAGCUGCCCCGGUUGAAGCUGCUCCUCUUCCAGAAGUCGUUGCCCCUGCGCCUGGCGAAAACCCCGUCGAGACUCCCGCCGAGGAAGCCCCACCAGUCGAGCAACAGCCUCAGCUUGCAGAUAUCACUGAAGCCGUGAUUGAUAUGGUUGCUGGUCUCGGUGGUGCAGGUGAACAGAUUCGCAUGUCAUCAGGCGUUCUAGGUGGACAAGCGCCUUUCAUCGUUGACUCUGGCGAUGCCGCAAAUCCGUUCAUGGUCAACAGCAUCAUGUUUAGUAACGCACAGGAGGCUGUGGUGCGCUCAUGCCGUAUCCAGUACCGCACCUGUAAGGCUAUGGCACAGGCGGGUGCGCUGCAGGGCGGGAACAUUGACGAUUGUCGCGAGCAGCGCCGAAACUGUGGUGCUGAGCCACAGGAUAUUGCCAAGGCGGUACAGGCGAAGAAAUGA